CUGAAAACGGGAGAUCCACGGCAGUGACGUCACCUUAUCUCUAAUUAGUCUAUAGACCGUUAACCAGAAUAGUCUCAUGUUUCGAUAAAGGACAUCGCUUGGCAGCUUAGCAUCAGCAGAACAACCUUAUGUAGAUGGAUACGACGAGAGAGAGAGAAAGGAAAUGUAAUUAUGUUGCAUCGAAGUCCUUGACCCAGUUGCAUUAGGCCUAUGUUUCUCCAAGAUUAGUGGAUUAUUGACGUGGCUCGCUUACAUCCCCUCCCAACGGACGUUGCAGUCAAGACAGAAAUAAGUUUAUCUUUGAUGCUUAAGCAAAAUGUUAAUGGAGGUUUGUCUGACAAAUCGUCUAUCUACCUUAGACAUGAUAUAGUUACGAGGCCAUUCCCGCCCCGCUCGGUUCCUACGGGAAUAGCGGGAAUGGAUUCUGGGACGGCGCUCUUACUAUGGUCAGGAGAGGGGAAGCUGCCAUGACGUCAGUGUUUGCGGAUACAUACGAAAGACGACAACUGGUAGACUUCACUGUGCCUCUGUUCGUCGACGAGUCAGCCGUGAUCUACAAACGCCCCGAGUUAGAGCCCGACAUAUUUGGUUUCGUCAAGCCCUUUACAGGACUCAUAUGGCUUCUGAUUUUUGCGUCAUCAGUGGCGGCCUCUCUUAUUUUCUUCGUUCUGCACCUAGUCCAGUUUUCUGCAUCUGACGGCACAGACCCUGGUGAUCCGAGCUGCCGCCCCGCGGCGGGAAAAACCUACGGGUGGUCGAAAGUCAUCACAAGUCUCGAGAAGUCUGUUGGCUGGAGUCUUUACUGCCUUCUGGGUCAAUCUGUUCUGUGGUUCCCGAACAGACUCACGCUAAGGAUAGCCCUGGGCGUGUGGCUCCUUGUCACCUUCAUCAUAGGCACUGUCUACCGAUCGACCGUGAAGGCCAUGCUGAUCCUCCCUCUCGUGCGACUGCCGUUCGACUCCAUUGACCAGCUGGUGGAGAGCAAGAUCGACCUCGCCAUCUUCCAAGGGACGGCGCUGUACAGAGAAGUUUCGAACUCCGGAAACGGAACCAAAAUCGGGCGCCUGAAGCCUCAGCUGAAGUCUCUGGCAGAUGAGAAGACGCUCCUCGAACAGGUCUCCGCAGGGAAGAUUGCUUACGGCGGAAUCAAGAUCCCAGUUUUGCAUUUGAUGCGGUAUCAGCGCUCUUUGAAUCCGCAGGUUGCGCGAAUCCGGGAUUCUGGAAAACAUGCUGAGGUUUGAGCUGCAAGGAGUCUCCCAGUGUCUCACCCCCAUCUUGGCGACGAUCUCCAGUGAAGAUAUCAGGCAGUUAUCUCUCAAGGAUUUCUACGGAGUGAUUGCCCUGUAUGGAGCUGGACUCAUUCUGGCCACCUGGGUCUUCGUUUUCGAGAUUCUCUUAAAACUGAUGACAGAAGAGAAACGAUGAGGUGGAAUCCGAAACAAAUGCACAGAAGGAAGUAUAUAGAGAAAGUAAAUUGAUGAAAUGGAAAGAGG